UAUUUUAUCAUCAACAUUUCACAUGAACAAUGUUCUGUGUUAUAGCUACUAAACUGAAUUCAUUCAGAGAGAUAGCACGAAGGAAAUAAUAUCAUCUGCAGAAAAUGUAAAGUGUUGCUAGAUUGCUGCUGAAGUCUCUAGCUGGAGCAGAGCUGAGAGUUCACUGCGCAUCUCCCUCCCCCUUUUUGGAGUGACAGGCGGAUGGCCCUCCUCAUUUUAGCCGCUCGCUUUUUACGUUGGCGAAUCACAAAGUGUUGGAAUCUGCUGCCUUUGUCUGAGAAGUCAUCCAUAUAAGCAAAGAGGGGAUCUGCAGCUUUUAGACACCGACACUCCCGGCCCGGGGCUUCAGUCCCGGCCCACGCAUCUCUAGCCCACGCGCAUCCCGUUAGUCUGUGCUGAGAAGGUGACCGAAGGAAAGCCCUGUAUAGCUUUCCGCAUCUUGUUGUCUUUACCCGAACUAGCCGAGGCCACCCGGGAUUUAGGACGCGACCAGGCUCGAUGGGACCAUCCGUGCUGCUCGCGGUUUCCGUGCGCGCGCGCUGAAAACGCCUGCUUGUGUAAACAUCCGCUUCGGUUUUGGUUGUCGGUGUCACUUUACCAAACAAGCCUGGGUCAUGCUUGACACCUGACAUACCCUCCGUCCUUCUGCGUUUUCACUGAGCGGCCAGUUUGUCAAGAGGGAACUUUUCCCCCCUGAAGUUUUGCGGUCGGAACCCGCGGGAAUCGCACUGCUCUUCUUCACAAACACACCUGCGUCUUUUUGCUUCUCUUCUUCAUAGUUUGAGCUACAGAAGGAAAGCGAGACGGCGACUUCAGUUGAUUACCUGUCUUUUCUUUGCUAUCCAAUGGAUAUUCACUGCAAAGCAGACCCCUUCUCCGCCAUGCACCGGCAUGGCGGAGUGAACCAGCUGGGCGGUGUGUUCGUCAACGGCAGGCCGCUACCGGACGUCGUGCGCCAGAGAAUCGUGGAGCUCGCGCACCAGGGAGUGAGACCGUGCGACAUAUCACGACAACUGAGGGUCAGUCACGGAUGCGUCAGCAAGAUCCUGGGCAGGUACUAUGAAACUGGCAGUAUAAAGCCCGGAGUGAUCGGUGGCUCCAAGCCGAAGGUGGCCACUCCGAAAGUGGUGGAUAAAAUAGCGGACUAUAAGAGACACAACCCCACCAUGUUCGCCUGGGAGAUCCGGGACCGGCUGCUGGCGGAGGGCAUCUGCGACAACGACACCGUGCCCAGCGUCUCCUCCAUCAACAGGAUUAUUCGCACUAAAGUUCAGCAACAGUACCACCCCUCUCCUGAUGGAACAUCUCUCUCAACACCAGGACACACUAUAGUCCCCAGCACAGCUUCCCCUCCAGUAUCAAGUGGAUCCAGUGAUCCUGUGGGUUCCUACUCUAUAAAUGGCAUUCUGGGCAUCCCUCGCUCCAAUGGAGAGAAGAGGAAAAGAGAUGACGAUGGUUCAGAGGGUUCAGGGCAGAACAGUGAUUCCCAGGGCAGUGUGGAGAGCCUAAGGAAACACCUACGCGCCGAUGCCUUUACCCAACAGCAGCUGGAGGCCUUGGAUCGAGUGUUUGAGCGACCAGCCUAUCCUGACGUCUUCCCCAGCACAGAGCACAUCAAACCAGAGCAGAGUAGUGAGUAUGCCCUUCCUGCACUGAACCCAGGACUGGAUGAGGUUAAACCCAGCCUGUCCUCCAGCAGCUCCUCAGACCUGGGUGCCAGCGUGUCCCAAAGCUACGCUGUAGGUAGAGAUAUGGCCAACACAACCUUACCUGGCUAUCCACCUCACGUCCCCCCUACAGGACAGGGCAGCUACCCAACAUCCACACUGGCUGGAAUGGUUCCUGGGAGCGAAUUUUCAGGGAAUCCCUACAGUCACCCACAGUACACAGCAUACAACGAGGCCUGGCGCUUCAGCAACCCAGCUUUACUGAGUUCCCCUUAUUAUUAUAGUGCAUCCCGAGCCUCUGCACCACCAGCUGCUACCGCUGCUUACGACCGCCACUAGACACCAUGCAAACCAAACCCAACAUCGCCUCGGACUUCCUGUUGUGCCAGUGUGAACAGCGGAGCAGAUUGGACAAGGGCCGCUUUGAACAUGUCACAUGAUGAUGAACGAGCCAAUCAGGACAUCAGAUGGCUCACUCAUGUUCAGCCAUCCAAAUCCAACCGGCCAACACUUACAAUGGGUGUCCACAUCUCAAAGACUAAGAGAAACCUUGUGAGAAAUUAUAUAAAUGUGGAAACUGACACAAUGAGGCAAUUUGAAUCAACAGAUUUUGCUUUUCUUUUUCAUAUUUCAGGUUUUUUUAAUUGUUGUUGAUGAAAACGUUCUUUUCUGUGACUGACUGUCACAUAGCAGCACGUCAUUUCCCUGCUCAUAUCACACUGCUCUCUCUCUGUCUCUCUCUCACUCUGAACUGUGCAAUGCAGUAUUAUUCAUCUGGACUCACAGCUUGGUGCUUCUUUACAUAUUCACAAACACACACACACACACACACACACACACACAUAGAACGGAGCAUACCUAAACUCAGCAUGUCAGCUCCUUCUUCUUCAGUUCAAAGCCAUGAACUGAGGAUUAACACAUUGCCUCAGUGAAAAACAGUGAUAAUGUGACAAGAGAGGAAGAACGAAGAGAUUUAUCCACAAGAAAGGAUAAGCCUACUGUAUGCCCUGGUUUCCAUCCACCCAGACUGGGGAAUUAGUAAAUAUAUAUUCCUAACUUAAUUUUUCCAUUUUUUAUAUAAACUUGCAGGCUUAUAAUCCUAAAUGACAAUGCAGUAUGCAUGAUUUAUUUUUGUUAAUUGUGUGAAUUUUCUGGAUAUGGCAAUACCAGGUGUUAUCAUUUUCUCUUAAUUUUUGCACUACACAUCAUUCUUACUUCAAACAUACACUGGUACCCGAUAUUCAAUAUCUAACCAAUUUGUGAUUACACUUAAAAGGGACGAAGUGAAGGGAUCUAGUGUAAACCACACUGUAAAUUAUUAUGUGAAAUCCUGGCAGCUUGUGUUACACGUGACAAGUGAUUUUCCUUUAAAAACAGUCCAAUCCACUGAUGUCAAUCAGCUUAUACUAUAUUUAUUAUAACUUUGGUUGAAGGUUUAAAAGGCACAUUAUGAAGAAAUAUUUCACACAUACUACUGAUCCAACAUGGCAUCUAAUGCUCUAAAUGUGUUUACAAAACAUUUCUUCUGCUCCAUGUUUUCAAAAAAAUCUUCAAAUUAAGUGUUAUAGCUGACACUGCAGCAGAUAAUGCAUUAUUGAUUUCUUAGUAACUCAAAAUUGGCUCAAUGCUUAAGUUAAACUUCUAAGAAAAAAAUAAUCCCGUGCUUUAGGAUGAUCCAACUUUCUUAAAAAAAAAGGGCAAGUUAUUUCGUCCAACACUUUAAGUGCAAUUUCUUGUCAUUCAGAGCUUGUUCUACACAAUCCCUUCCACAUCAAAUCAAUCUCGCUCAAAUGGACGAGAAUUUCAUGGAACACAAAUGUUUGACAUAAUAAACGCUAAUAUAUCAGAACUUACAUUACACUUGCCAAAGACUUUUGUUUAAUGUUUUAUUUGCAGUCUAAUGUAUUGUGAUAACAGUAUUAUGGUAAAACCAUUUUAAAAUAUGUACCUAUGCAGAGGAAAAAACGCUGUCAUAAGCAUAUAAAACUACUGAAAUGAUUUUUUUUUCUGUUUAUUUUCCAUUAUUUAUAUUAUUUCUGUUAAUUUGUUAUGGGUUCUUGUUUUAUUAUAUGAUUUAUUAUGUAACAUUUCCCCGUCUGUAAAUAGUCAUUUAAAAAAAUAUUACGUAUUGCUCUGAAGCAGUAUCAUGCAUAUUGGUCUUAACUGUCAACUAUAAUAAUAUAAUAUGAAGGAGAAAGAUCAAUAUAGGAAAAUUGCCCUGUUGAACAGAGUUCUUAAAAAUAAUGGUAUCAGUUUGCUGUUGGAUGCGAAUAGAUAAUAUUAAUCAUUUUCACUGAUUAAUCUUUGGCCUGGAAAUUGCUAUGCAUAUGUAAAGGAAUAUUUGUCUAAAACAUAAUAAUUAUUCACUGAAAUUAAGAUCAUGCCAACUUCAUGAAUACAUGUUUUUUAGUGAAAUAUUCCUUCCAUGCCACAAAAUUAUGAGCACUAGAAGGACCAGCUGCACACCAACUCCUUCUUUUAAAUAGUGCGCUGGCUGAAACACUAAAAGUUUCAUGACCAAUCAGAUGAUAAUCUUUCAACCGAUAUAUUAUUUUCUGCACAAGUGAUGAAAACUGUAUUCAAGUCAUUCACAACACUCACCAUUUAUUAAGUAAGGAACAAUUGAAGGACUUUAUUAAGGACAUUCUUCCUUGUCUUAUAUUUGAAUUUCUCUUGGAAUCUGACUACAAACUUUCAGUUUCCUGAAUGAAUCCAUGACACUGAAACACACUUAAGACUGUCACACAUAACUGAGAGCUUAAGGAUGUCUUGACUGUGAAGCGAUGUGGAUGAUUAAUGACAAAGCCGUAUUACUUCAAUCAUUGUUUAAAUAUAAGUCUGAACUUUUGUGCAUAUGAAAAAUAAAUUUUAUAUGUCAAAUCAAAGACCUCAGUAUGUGAUGUUGGUUUCUAAAAUAUAUAAGCAAUUUAUACAAGUGUAUUUUAAAGAGUCAUUGUUCCAUGAACAAAAAUAUAGGUCAAAGCUAAUUUAUAAAUAAUCAUAUAUAAAUUUAGAAAGGAAUAACACAUGACAGGGCAUGAGAAACCAGCCU